AUGUUCACCCCCAGUGGCUUCAGCCCACACCUGGCCUCCACCUGCUCUGAGGCUGACCCGGUGACCGAGCCUGAGGAUGAGGGGGGCCCUCAGGAGGCCCGGGGGCCUGGGGCUUGCCUGGCCGACGGACCCCCCAUCACCUCUGCCUCACUGGACACUCUCAUCCAGCACCUGGUGCCCACCACAGACUACUAUCCAGAGGUAAACAACUAUUAGAGGGCCAGUCAUGUACUCUGGUUGUACUGGCCACAGCAUCAGUAGUAGAAAUAGGAAUAGUAACCGCAAUAGUAAUGUUAAUGAUAAUGUAAAUACUAUAUGUGUUUCCUUACACAGAAAGCCUAUGUGUUUACGUUCCUGCUGAGUGCUCGUCUGUUCAUCUCUCCUCCUGAGCUGCUGGCCAGACUCUGUGAGACCUGCAUCAAACAACAGCAGCUGGACCAGAGUCCACUGGACAUGGUCAGUACACACACACAUGCACGCAUACUGACAACACGCACCUACUGACCACUUAUACACAGAGUCCUCUCAACACGGUCAGUACUGCUUGAACACACUUACACAGUCACUCAACACACACAGCUACUGCUGAUCACUUCUACAUACCUACUGAAGGCUUUCCUUCCCAGUGUCUCUGACUGUAUCUUCUUCUCCUGUGUCUCCCCCCAGGCUAAAGUGAGGAAGUUUGGUCCCAAGAUCCUGCAGCUGCUAACAGAGUGGACAGAGACGUUCCCCACAGACUUCAGAGAGGAGAAGAUGGUGGGCCUGUUCAAAGACAUUAUCCACAGGAUAGCACCCUGUGAUGAGGUGAGGAGGAGAGAGAGAGGUGGAGGAUGGGAGGGAGGGAGGCUACCCUCCAUAGUCUCAGAGACUAGACUGAGAGCAGGGUGAAGGUGUGUGGCACUCAGAAUGUACAAAACAGUGCAAUGUUAUACAAUCCUGUUCCACUGCAUUACAGGUGAGAGAGAGGGAUAGGGAGAGAGUGAAGAGAGAGAGAGAGAGAAAAGAGGAGGGACAGAGAGAAAGAGAGAGGAGAAGAGAGAAAGAGCAACAAGGGGAGGGGUUUUGGCAUUUGCUCUGCAGCCUCAGGGAAAGAGAGAGAAAGAGAUGGAUGAUGAUGGAGGUAGAGAGAGGGAUGGAGGAUGGAGAGCAGGAAGGGGAGGAAGCGAGGGAGGAAGAGGGAUGGAGAGAGAGCAGGAGGAGGCUGAGGGAAACACAACACACACUCACUCACACACACAGAAGAAACAAUGGUGUGAAAGCAGGGUGUGAACUGUGAAGGAGAGGGAUGGUCUGGAUAGAUGAUGAUGAUGAUGAUGAUGAUGAUGAUGAUGAGGAUUAUUGUUAUUUUUCAUCUCCUGAUGAUGAUGCUAAUGUUGAACGUCAUUAAUAUGUUUAUGAUCAUUAUAAUGUCCUCCCCAGGCGUACUGGAAGACACUGAAUCAGGUCCUGCAGACCCUGAGCCAGAAGCUGGCAGCCAUCGCCCAGGGAGAGGAGAGCAUUGUCAAAGUGAACGCCUCCUCAGUCUCCUCAAUCUCUGACAAGCUGGUGGCCUUCAAGACCAAGUCUCCACCCAUCCAGAAGGACAUGCUAACUAUCUGCAAUGACCCUUACACACUGGCACAGCAACUCACCCAUAUAGAACUGGUAAGGAGAUGGGGAGGAAGGAUAGGAUGGGAGAAGGGGGUUAAAUAGAGGAGAGAGAGAGAGAGAGAGAGAGAGAGAGAGAGAGAGAGAGAGAGAGAGAGAGAGAGAGAGAGAGAGAGAGAGAGAGAGAGAGAGAGAGAGAGAGAGAUAAUGAGAAGGGAAGAGGAAGGGGAAAAGAAGGAGAGAGAGAAGCAGAGAUGAAAGAGAAUGAGAGAAGGGUGUGAUGUAAGGGAGAGAGAUUUGUUUGUCCGUCCGUCCAUCCAUUCGGGUUGGUGUGUGUGUGUGUGUGUGGGCGGGGUGUGUGUGUGUGUGUGUGAUUAUAAGUGCCGUCCUCUGCAGGCCUGAGUAAGCAUGUACUCUCAUCUGAUAAGUAUGACAUCAUCUCAGAAGUCAGUGGUUUGCCCGAGGCGUUUAACAAAGGGAAUUAAACCGCAGUGGAUAUAUGCGACCUGACAGCUUUACAAUCCACAGCACAGCACACACACACACGCGCACACACACAUCCUGGGUAAUGCGCAAUCUCUCAGACAUACUGUAAAACUGACAAACUGUCAAGUGCUUAUCAGAGUACCAAAAUGCCUGCAUUCUGGCUGAAAGAGCAGGACCGAGAAGCUGAUUUAGAAAUCGACGGCUUUGGGUUGCCUGUGCGCCAGGACCGUGAUGUAUAAACAAUGGGCAAAGCACAAGGUGGAAAGGUCUGCCUCUACAUUAAUAAUCUAAUGGCGCCGAAGAAGAUGGCAGCCGUUUUACCGCCUUCUAACCAAUUGUACUAUUAUGUGUGUUUUUUCGCGUUAUUUGUAAUUUAUUCUGUACAUAAUGUUUCUGCCACCGUCUCUUAUGACCAAAAAGAGCUUCUGGGUAUCAGGACAGCGAUUACUCACCUCGUAUCGGACAAAGAUUUUUUCUUCAACGAGUCGGACGCGAAGGAUGUCCUACAGACACCCGACAAGGCCCAAAUCCCCGUCAUUCGCAUGAGAAAGAGACAGAGAUAUCGUGGACGUAGGUCGGGGUGCCUUGUAAGGAUCUGACGGCGAGCAAGUAAACUGCCUCUUCCAUCAAUUCUAUUAGCCAAUGUUCAAUCAUUUGAAAAUAAAUUAGAUGACCUAAGAUUAUGGUUAUCCUACCAGCGGGACAUUAAAAACUGUAAUAUCUUAUGUUUCACAGAGUCGUGGCUGAACGACGACAUGGAUAACAUACAGCUGGCGGGAUAUACGCUACAUUGGCAGGAUAGAACGGCGUGGGGGUGGCGGUCUGUGUAUAUUUGUAAACAACAGCUGGUGCAUAAAAUCUAAUACUAAGGAAGUCUCGAGGUUUUGCUCGCCUGAGGUAGAGUAUCUCAUGAUAAGUUGUAGACCACACUAAUUACAAAGAGAGUUUUCAUCUAUAUUUUUCAUAGCUGUCUAUGCAGGUACUAAGAUUGCACUCAAUGACCUGUAUAAGGCCAUAAGUAAACAGGAAAACACUCAUCCAGAGGCAGCGCUCCUAGUGGCCGGGGAUUUUAAUGCAGGGAAACUUAAAUCUGUUCUACCUAAUUUCUACCAGCAUGUUAAAUGUGCAACCAGAGGAAAAAAAAACUCUAGACCACCUUUACUCCACACACAGAGACGCGUACAAAGCUCUCCCUCGCCCUCCAUUUGUCAAAUCUGACAAUAACUCUAUCCUUAUGAUUCCUGCUUAUAAGCAAAAACUAAAGCAGGAAGCACCAGUGACUCAGUUAAUAAGGAAGUGGUCAGAUGAAGCAGAUGCUAAGCUACAGGACUCUUUUGAUAGUACAGACUGGAAUAUGUUCCGGGAUUCUUCCGAUAGCAUUGAGGAGUACACCACAUCAGUCACUGGCUUCAUCAAUAAGUGCAUCGAUGACGUCGUCCCUCACAGUGUACAUAUCCCAACCAGAAGCCAUGGAUUACAGGCAACAUCAGCACUGAGCUAAAGGGUAGAGCUGCCGCUUUCAAGGAGCGGUACUCUAACCCGGACGCUUAUAAUAAAUCCCGCUAUGCCCUCCGAUGAACCAUCAAACCGGCAAAGAGUCAAUACAGGACUAAGAAUUAAUCGUACUACACCGGCUCUGACGCUCGUCGGAUGUGGCAGGGCUUGAAAACCAUUACAGACUACAAAGGGAAGCACAGCCGCGAGCUGCCCAGUGACACGAGCCUACCAGACGAGCUAAAUCACUUCUAUGCUCGCUUCGAGGCAAGCAACACUGAAGCAUGCAUGAGAGCAUCAGCUGUUCCGGAUGACUAUGUGAUCAAGCGCUCUGUAGCCGAUGUGAGUAAGACUUUUAAGCAGGUCAACAUUUAGACGGAUUACCAGGACGUGUACUCCGAGCAUGCGCUGACCAACUGGCAAGUGUCUUCACUGACAUUUUCAACAUGUCCCUGACUGAGUCUGUAAUACCAGCAUGUUUCAAGCAGACCACCAUAGUCCCUGUGCCCAAGAACACUAAGAUAACCUGCCUAAAUGACUAAUGACACGUAGCACUGACGUCUGUAGCCAUGAAGUGCUUUGAAAGGCUGGUCAUGGCUCACAUCAACACCAUUAUCCCAGAAACCCUAGACCCAUUCCAAUUUGCAUACCGCCCCAACAGAUCCACAGAUGAUGCAAUCUCUAUUUCACCCACACUGCCCUUUCCCACCUGGACAAGAGGAACACCUACGUGAGAAUGCUAUUCAUUGACUACAGCUCAGCGUUCAACACCAUAGUGCCCUCAAAGCUCAUCACUAAGCUAAGGACCCUGGGACUGAACACCUCCCUCUGCAACUGGAUCCUGGACUUCCUGACGGGCCACCCCCAGUUGGUAAGGGUAGGUAACAACACAUCUGCCACGCUGAUCCUCAACACGGGGGCCCCUCAGGGGUGCGUGCCCAGUCCCCUCCUGUACUCCCUGUUCACCCGUGACUGCAUGGCCAGGCACGACUCCAUCACCAUCAUUAAGUUUGCCGACAACACAACAGUGGUAGGCCUGAUCACCGACAACGAUGAGACAGCCUAUAGGGAGGAGGUCAGAGACCUGGCCGUGUGGUGCCAGGAUAACAACCUCUCCCUUAAUGUGAUCAAAACAAAGGAGAUGAUUGUGGACUACAGGAAAAAAAAGAGAACUGAGCACGCCCCCAUUCUCAUCGACGGGGCUGUAGUGGAACAGGUUGAGAACUUCAUGUUCCUUGGUGUCCACAUCACCAUCAAACUAUCAUGGUCCAAACACACCAAGACAGUCGUGAAGAGGGCACGACAAAGCCUGUUCCCGCUCAGGAGACUGAAAAGAUUUGGCAUGGGUCCUCAGAUCCUCAAAAAGUUCUACACCUGCACCAUCCAGGACCUCUAUACCAGGCGGUGUCAGAGGAAGGCCCUAAAAAUUAUCAAAGAUUCCAGCCACCCUAGUCAUAGACUGUUCUCUCUGCUACCGCACGGCAAGCAGUUCCGGAGCACCAAGUCUAGGUCCAAAAGGCUUCUUAACAGCUUCUACUCCCAAGCCUUAAGACUGCUGAACAGUUAAUCAUGGCUAACCGGACUAUUUGCAUUGCCCCCCCAUCCCACCCCAACCCCCUCUUUUACGCUGCUGCUACUCUGUUUAUUAUUUAUGCAUAGUCACUUUAACUUUACCCACAUGUACAUAUUACCUCAAUUACCUCGACUAACCGGUGCCCCAGCACAUUGACUCUGUACCGGUACCCCCUGUAUAUAACAUCCCUACUGUUAUUUUAUUUUACUGCUGCUCUUUAAUUAUUUUUCUUAAACUGAAUUGUUGGUUAAGGGCUUGUAAGUAACCAUUUCUCUGUAAUGUCUACACCUGUUGUAUUCGGCGCAUGUGGCAAAUAAAAAUUGAUUUCAUUUAAACGAUCGUGCAACACGUGGUUGUACGUGAGAGCGUGUGUGACCCAGAUAUUAAACUUUUAUCGGUCUCACUUCGGCCCGUUUUCUUACCAUGGGAGUUCCCCCAGAUAUUAUCACGCCGGUCUACAUCCAUUCUAGAGCUAACGUGGACAAGGCGACGGACACCAUCUCCCGGACCGUGCAAAGGUUACAGUACAACUCCCUGAUGCUCCAAAUCUUGUUAUGGGUGACUUUAAUCACUGUUGGCUGAAAAAAAUCUCUCAAUCAUUACCAAUAUGUCACUUGCCUUAUAAGACAUGGCAACGUGUUAGAUUUGUGUUAUGGGACAGUAAAUGGGGUGUAUAAAUCCAUUGCCAGAGCUCCACUGGGCUUGGCUGACAAUAACACUGUUUAACUCGUUCCCACCUACAAACCUGUGCUGAAGAGAGGCAAAGUCAAACGAAGAAAUGUUCAGGUGUGGACGGCUACUGAGCGUCUUCAGGACUGCUUUGAUAAUACUGACUGGGACAUGUUUCCUAGCUCCUGCACUGACCUAGAUUAAUUGACUGACACUGUGACCAGCUAUGUUUCAUUCUGUGAAAAUGAGGAAAUACCCAAGGAAUCAUGCUAAAUAUUCCCAAAUAACAAACCUUCGGUAACCAAAUCACUCAAAACUGUCCUUAAUCUGAAAAAUAUCACAUUUCACCAGGGUGAUGUCACCCAGAGUAGGGAAGCACAGAAAAGGUUAAAGAGGGAGGCUAAACUGGCUAAGGUGAAGUAUAAAGAUGGAGGUACAAGGUGCUAGACAAAAAAAAAAGUGCUAGACAACUCAGUGGCAUAUUUUCCUCUAUCUUCCAGCUGUCACUGCAACAGCGAAGGGUCCAUGUAGUCUGGAAGGAGUCAUUGGUGGUACCGGUUGCCAAGGUCAAAUUCUCCAUAAUCUUAAAUGAUUACAGACCUGUAGCCCUUACCUCACUGACCAUAAAAGCCUUUAAACAUAUUGCUAAGGGUGAGAUUAUGGCCAAAAUGUAAGACCCAUUGCAGUUUGCUUAUAGGGUCGGGAGAGGGGUGAAAGAUGCAACUAUCACUCUUCUUAACUAUGUCCUUAAACAUCUUGAGGGAAGUUAGAUCCAUGCCAAACUACUAUUUGUUAACUUAUCUUCUGCUUUUAAUUGUAUACCACCACAUGUCUUAGCAGAGAGGCUUUUGUCCAAUUUCAACAUAGUCAGCUAGUUGAUGGACUUUUUAACCAAUAGAACUCAAAGGGUGAAAGUAAACGGUUCCCUAUCCUCCACUGGUUCACCACAAGGGUGCGUCCUAUCCCCUCUGUUGUUUGUACUGUACACUAAUGAUUGUCAGAGUAAUCACGACCCUAGACAUAUCAUUAAGUUUGCAGACAACUCAGUUAUCGUGAGUCUUUUACAGGAUGAAGAGGUGAGCCAUGGCCCAGUGGUGGAGGAGUUUGUUGGAUGGUGUGACCGCUCCUACUUAUAAAAGUGUAAUAUCAUGAAAACCAAGGGUAUGGCUAUUGAUAUCCAGAAGAGCUCACUGCCACCAAUGCAGACUCUGAUAGAUGGUAAACCAGUGGAGACAGUUGAUCGAUACAAAUAUAUUGGCACUUUCCUUGACAGCAAACUGAGUUUUGAAGCCAAUGUGGAUACUAUCUUCCUGAGGAAACUCCGCAGUUUCGGGGUGAAUAAGACGCUGAUGACCAUCUUUUACAGAACAUUCCUUGCAUCCAUUUUAACAUUCAAUAUGAUCUGCUGUUUCGGUAAUCUAAACUUAAAGAGUAAGAACAGGCUGGGUAACAUUGUGAAACAAAGUAGUAGGAUCAUGAACUUAACUGACCUUUCUCACCUAUGUCAGACACGAGUCAUACGUAAGGUGCAAUCCAUUCUGAGGUACUCCCAGCAUCCCUUGUUUGAUGAAUUUAUGUUGCUUCCCUCAGAGCACAGAUACAGGCUGAUAUAUUUAAAAUUCAAGGCACACUUAAACAGCAUGGCUACCACAGCAUUCUGCACCGUUACGCCAUCGCAUCUGAUUUGGGCUUAGUGGUACUAUCAUUUGUUUUUCAACAAGACAGUGACCCAACACACCUCCAGGCUGUGUAAGGGCUAUUUUACCAAGAAGGAGAGUGAUGGAGUGCUGCAUCCGAUGACCUGGCCUCCACAAUCCUCCAACCUCAACCAAAUUGAGAUGGUUUGAGAUGAGUCAGACCGAAGGAAAAGCAGCCAACAAGUGCUCAGCAUAUGUGGGAACUCCUUCAAGACUGUUGGAAAAGCAUUCCAGGUGAAGCUAGUUGAGAGAAUGCCAAGAGUGUGCAAAGCUGUCAUCAAGGCAAAGGGUGGCUAUUUGAAGAAUCUCAAAUAUAAAAUAUAUUUUGAUUUGUUUAACACUUUUUGGUUACUACAUGAUUCCAUAUGUGUUAUUUCAUAGUUUUGAUGUCUUCACUAUUAUUCUACAAUGUAGAAAGUAUUAAAAAUAAAGAAAAACCCUUGAAUGAGUAGGUGUCCUAAAACGUUUGACCAGUACUGUAUGCCCCUAUGGCUGCAUUUACACAGACAGCCCAAUUCAGAUCAGAUAUUUUGCCAAACAUUUGGAAAAAUGUCAGAAUUGGGCUGCCUGUGUAAAUGCAGCCUAAGUAAAUGUGUGAGCUAAUAUAGCUGCAUACCAGGGGUCAGCUGUUAAUUCAAGGAAAUGUGAUAUCUGUCGAUGAUUCAUGACUUCCUGUAUUGAUUGGCUACCAUUACUGAGAUGAAUUUAGUUAAUAUCCGUGGCCAUGCCGCUGUGGUCUGCUCUGUGUGUUUCAGGAACAUCUGAGUCACAUUGGCCCUGAAGAGUUUGUCCAAGCCUUCGUUCAGAAAGACAAACUGGAUAGCACUCAGGUAUAAUAUAUUAUACUGCACUUUGUCAGUGGAAAUAACAUUACAGUAUACUGCUGUGUGAAUACUUUUUUUGCUGUUUGAAAAGAGAGUGUGAGCGAGAGAGAUAGAGAGAGAGAGUAUGAGUGUUUCAGCAUCACUAAUCAGAAAGCGGGUCUAUAGGGCCACUCAGGGGCCAGCAGGUCACUAAGGCCAGCCUCUGCCUGGGGCUCACUUUAAUGACGAUGACGACACAACACACAGUCACACACACACAUACACACAGUUGCACGCACACACACACACACUACGUUAUUUGUAUCUCGCCAUCUUUCUCGCAUACGCUCCUUUGCUCUCUUUCAUUCUUGCAACCUCUCUCUCUAUUUACCUGUCUUUCGUUGCUUUCUUGCUCUCUCUGUGUCUCUCUCUUUUUCUCUCCCUCUAUCUCCCUCCCUUUCUCUCUGCAGUAAUUGCCCUAUUUCCAUUGUCUCUGCCAGCUGCUGAUGACAUUAACACAGGGAGGGUGUGUGUGUGUCUGUCUGUCUAUGGUUAGAUAGAUGCCUCCAUAACAUCAGACAAAACCCCUAUAGCAUCAACCCAGUCAGCACACUUGGCACACACUGGUUGAAUCAACGUUUCCACAUCAUUUCAAUGAAAUUACGUUGAACCAAUAUGGAAUAGACGUUGCAUUGACGUCUGUGCCCAGUUAAAACCUCUAUUAUCAUAGUGAAAUCGUUUCAAUCCACAUAAAAUGACAAUAAUUCAUUCCUUUACUGAUCAUUGAGGGCCCGAUUCAGACUUCAGAAAAGAAAAAAGAAACCCAUUGAGACACAGCGUAAAUCGAGCCUGUGCACAUGGGCAGAUACUGUGUGUGACUGUGAGAGCGAAGUCUAGCAUGUCACUCAUCUCAAUAUCUGCGGUGUUGCUCGUGGCAACAUACAUACUUUAAACACACAAUACAAACAGCACAAAAACAUAUCAUUAAGAGAUGAUCGGCCUACAGAAAACAUUUACACCUCUCGUCAACAGAGUUUUGGGCCAGAGUUUUAAACUCACUAAGGGGCACUAGUACAUCUAGGUGAAGCAUUUUUUGCAGACUGUUCCAUGCCUCCGGUGCACAUUGGGAAAAGGCAGUCUUGCCUAACUCUGUAACGGCCCUGGGGACUUUAAGUCACUGCCACCUAGUGGACCACGUCUGGUAACUGCUAGUCGUGAAAGAGUGCAGGCUACCAAAGUAGAGAGGGAGUUUAAUUAGAACGGCUUUGUAGAUAAACACAUACAAAUGUAGCUGUCUGCGCAUGUACAGUGCCUUCCGAAUUAUUAUUCAGACACCUUGACUUUUUCCACAUUUUGUUAUGUUACAGCCUUAUUCUAAAAUGGAUUAAAAAAUAUAUAUAACCUCAGCAAUCUACACACAAUACCCCAUAAUGACAAAGCGAAAACAGGUUUUUUGACAUUUUUGCAUAUGUAUUAAAAAUAAAAAACAGAAAUACCUUAUUUACAUAAGUAUUCAGACCCUUCGCUAUGAGACUAGAAAUUGAGCUCAGGUGCAUCCUGUUUCCAUUGAUCAUCCUUCAGAUGUUUCUAAAACUUGAUUGGAGUCCACCUGUGGUAAAUUCAAUUGAUUGGACAUGAUUUGGAAAGGCUCACACCUGUCUAUAUAAGGUCCCAUAGUUGACAGUGCAUGUCAGAGCAAAAACCAAGCCAUGAGGUCGAAGGAAUUGUCUGUACAGGUCCGAUACAGGAUUGUGUCGAGGCACAGAUCUGGAGAAGGGUACCAAAAAAUUUCUGCAGCAUUGAAGGUCCCCAAGAACACAGUGGUUUCCAUCAUUCUUAAAUGGAAGAAGUUUGGAACCACCCAGACUCGUCCUAGAGCUGGCUGCCCGGCCAAACUGAGCAAUCGGGGGAGAAGGGCCUUGGUCAGGGAGGUGACCAAGAACCCGAUGGUCACUCUGACAGAGCUCUAGAGUUCCUCUGUGGAGAUGGGAGACCCUUCCAGAAGGACAACCAUCUCUGCAGCACUCCACCAAUCAGGCCUUUAUGGUAGAGUAGCCAGACGGAAGCCACUCCUCAGUAAAAGGCACAUGACAGCCCGCUUGGAGUUUGCCAAAAGGCACCUAAAGGACUCUCAGACCAUGAGAAACAAGAUUCUCUGUUCUGUUGAAAAUAAGAUUGUUCUCUUUGGCCUGAAUGCCAAGCGUCACGUCUGGAGGAAACCUGGCACCAUCCCUACGGUGAAGCAUGGUGGUGGCAACAUCAUGCUGUGGAUAUGUUUUUCAGUGGCAGGGACUGGGAGACUAGUCAGGAUCGAGGGAAAGAUGAACGGAGCAAAGUAUAGAGAGUUCCUUGAUGAAAACCUGCUCCAGAGCGCUCAGGACCUCAGACUGGGGUGAAGGUUCACUUUUCAACAGGACAAUGACCCUAAGCACACAGCCAAGACAACGCAGGAGUGGCUUUGGGACAAGUCUCUGAAUGUCCUUGAGUGGCCCAGCCACAACCCGGACUUGAACCCGAUCAAACAUCUCUAUUGAGACCUGAAAAUAGCUGUGCAGCAAUGCUCCCCAACCAACCUGACAGCGCUUGAGAGGAUCUGCAGAGAACAAUGGGAGAAACUCCCCAAAUACAGGUGUGCCAAGCUUGUAACGUCAUACCCAAGAAAACUGGAUGCUGUAAUCACUACCAAAGGUGUUUCAACAAAGUACUGAGUGAAGGGUCUGAAUACUUAUGUAAAUGUGAUAUUUCAUUUUUUUUAUGUUUCAUAAAUUAGCAAAAAAAUUCGAAAAACCAGUUUUUGCUUUGUCAUUACGGGGUAUUGCGUGUAGAUUGAUGAAAAAGAAAACAUUUUAAUCAAUUUUAGAAUAAAGCUGAAAAAAGUAAUACUUUCCGAAGGGACUGUAAAUCGAGGUCCAGCCCACCAUUUGAUACAAUGAUGGGUUUGUGACUUGGCAUUUGUAACAAAUGCAAAGAUGCAUAAUAAACUCAGUCCAGUCUCUUUAACACAGUAGAGGCUGCAUGCAUAUACAAUACGUCACCAUAAUCAAUUACAGAAAGAAAUUAUCUUGAACAAUUUUCUUUCUAGCCUCAAACGGGAGGAAGCCUUGUUACGAAAAUAAAAAAACUAUUUAAUUUUAAGAUUCCUCACAAGAUUAUCUACAUGAACUUUGUAAGACAGUUUAUCGUCCAACCAAAGACCAAGGUACUUGUAGGAUGACACCUUUUCAAUGGGUGUGCCCCAGAUGUCAAAAUGCUAACCUUCUCUGGCUGAGAGGGAGCCCUGGUAAAGGUCAUGAAGUAGACUUAACAUGGACUUACUAUAAGUCAAGAAAACAUGGACCUAAGUCCAUGUUAAGUCAACUUAUCUCAAGUCUGAAUAGGGACCUGAAUGCCUAGUAAGGUGGCCCUCUCUGGUCCUGAUGUACAAUAUUGUGUGUUUGUGUCUCUUGCAGCCGUGUUUCAGUGAGCAGAAGAAGAAGACCACUAACUUGGAGGCUUAUGUCAGGUGGUUCAACAGGCUGUGCUACCUGGUGGCCACUGAGAUCUGCAUGGUAAAUGAUUUCACAUGUUAUUCUCGUCUUCAUUGUGCCAGUCUUCCCUCACUGAGGUUGAUGAUUCAGUCACGGUUCUUUAGUGCCCAAGGUGGCAAUGUAGCAUUACUACACUCAGAUCCCCAUUGUGACUGUGAGGCAGUAUACUUUCUUCCCAGAACUGGGCCAAAUAUAUUUUGUUUUGCAUGUAAUUUACAUCCAUUAUAUCUCACUACCAGCUUGUUUAUGUCUCCUCUCAGCCUGCUAAGAAGAAGCAGAGAGCCCAGGUGAUCGAGUUCUUCAUCGAUGUGGCCAGAGAGUGCUUCAACAUCGGCAACUUCAACUCCCUCAUGGCCAUCAUCUGUGAGUGUCUCGACUGUAUCCCACACAAUACAAGAUCAUACACUGAUAUUUGGCAAUAUACUGAUAUUUAACAUGUCUGCUCCUCUAGCUGGUAUGAAUAUGAGUCCUGUGUCUCGGCUGAAGAAGACCUGGGGGAAAGCCAAGACUGCCAAGUACUUCAUUCUGGAGGUAUAACUCACUAAUAUGAAACCGUAUGUCAUUGGUAGAAUAUGGAGAAAACACUUUACCUGCCUAUUAAACUACAGUUUAAUGGGGGCUGAACUUCCUGAUUUGGCCUCGUUUUUAGGCUUGGUCAUUAAGAAAUGCAGCAGCUAUGACUGAAGCUAAACGAGAGUUGUCUUGGGGGGGUGGUUUAAUAUGUGUGUCUCUUGUGUGUUUGUUCGCACAUGGCAAGCGUUUGUACAUUCACUCUGACAAAACAGUACACAAUUAAGAUCACUCACCCAUCUAAAUAACUUGAAAUAGUCUAACCAGGUCUUGUCUUGAAGUCGCCUAGGCUAACGCUAGCCAACUUCUUUCGCCAAUUAGCUUCAGCCGGCUGGUGUGCGACUGUGGCAAAGUGGGUUUGACAUUGGAUAGCCUAUCUUUGGGGCUAGUUAUGGACUGUCAAUAAAUUACACAAUUUAAAUGGGACAAUAUUUUCAUGUUGCACAUGUUUUAGUUGUCAUAUUAAAUGCUUUCAAUUUUUGUAUUUGAAUAAUUUUUUUAAAUAGUUUGUUUGAGGUUUUUAAGUCAUUGAAAUUUGGACCUAUUGACCUUUUAAAAUAUUGUCCCAUGUGCAUUGUGUAAUUUACUGAUAGUCCCUAACUAACCCCAUAGGGAUAUUGAAUGUCAUACCAAAUUGACCAUGGGCAUUACGAUCAGGUCAAGUGCAGCUGCGCUACAAAUUGAUGAUUACUUGGGUGCUGCCAGCUGUGAGCAAGGAAGGAAAACUGUUACGGUACCCUUCAUUCCGUGACAUACAAUUUUUUCCUAUCAUCUUACAAAUCUCAGUUUUGGACGAGACUGACUUUACGACCAAAAUUAUCCUAUUUACACUGUGUAGUCAAUUUUAACACUAGAAUAAACGUUUCUGACUCAUAUAGAUGCCACAUACAGUUGAAGUCGGAGGUUUAAAGACACCUUAGCCAAAUACAUUUAAACUCAGUUUUUCACAAUUCCUGAUAUAUUAAUCCUAGUAAAUAUUCCAUGUCUUAGGUCAGUUAGGAUCACCACUUUAUUUUAAGAAUGUGAAAUGUCAGAAUAAUAAUAGAGAGAAUUAUUUAUUAAAGCUUUUAUUUCUUUCAUCACAUUCCCAGUGGGUCAGAAGUUUACAUACACUCAAUUAGUAUUUGGUAGCAUUGCCUUUAAAUUGAUUAACUUGGGUCAAACGUUUCGGGUAGCCUUCCACAAGCUUCCCACAAUAAGUUGGGUGAAUUUUGGCCCAUUCCUCCUGACAGAGCUGGUGUAACUGAGUCAGGUUUCUAGGCCUCCUUGCUCGCACACGCUUUUUCAGUUCUGCCCACAAAUGUUCUAUAGGAUUGAGGUCAGGGCUUUGUGAUGGCCACUCCAAUACCUUGACUUUGUUGUCCUUAAGCCAUUUUUCCACAACUUUGGAAGUAUGCUUGGGGUCAUUGUCCAUUUGGAAGACCCAUUUGCGACCAAGCUUUAACUUCCUGACUGAUGUCUUGAGAUGUUGCUUCAAUAUAUCCACAUCAUUUUCCUUCCGCAUGAUGCCAUCUAUUUUGUGAAGUGCACCAGUCCCUCCUGCAGCAAAGCACCCCCACUGCAUGAUGCUGCCACCCCCGUGCUUCACGGUUGGGAUGGUGUUCUUCGGCUUGCAAGUCCCCCUUUUUCCUCCAAACAUAACGAUGGUCAUUAUGGCCAAACAGUUCUAUUUUUGUUUCAUCAGACCAGAGGACAUUUCUUCAAAAAGUACGAUCUUUGUAGUUGCAAACCGUAGUCUGUAUUUUUUAUGGUGGUUUUGGAGCAGUGGCUUCUUCCUUGCUGAGCGGCCUUUCAAGUUAUGUCGAUAUAGGACUCGUUUUACUGUGGAUAUAGAUACUUUUGUACCUGUUUCCUCCAGCAUCUUCACAAGGUCCUUUGCUGUUGUUCUGGGAUUGAUUUGCACUUUUCGCACCAAAGUACGUUCAUCUCUAGGAGACAGAACGCAUCUCCUUCCUGAGCGGUAUGACGGCUGUGUGGUCCCAUGGUGUUUAUAUUUGCGUACUAUUGUUUGUAAAGAUGAAUGUGGUACCUUCAGGCAUUUGGAAAUUGCUCCCAAGGAAGAACCAGACUUGUGGAGGUCUACAAUUCUUUUUCUGAGGUCUUGGCUGAUUUCUUUUCAUUUUCCCAUGUUGUCAAGCAAAGAGGCACUGAGUUUGAAGGUAGGCCUUGAAAUACAUACACAGGUACACCUCCAAUUGACUCAAAUGAUGUCAAUCAGCCUAUCAGAAGCUUCUAAAGCCAUGCCAUCAUUUUCUGGAAUUUUCCAAGCUGUUUAAAGGCACAGUCAACUUAGUGUAUAUAAACUUCUGACCCACUGUAAUUGUGAUACAGUGAAUUAUAAGUGAAAUAAUAUGUCUGUAAACAAUUGUUGGAAAAAUUACUUGUGUCAUGCACAAAGUAGAUGUCCUAACCGACUUGCCAAAACUGUAGUUUGUUAACAAGAAAUUUGUGGAAUGGUUGAAAAACAAGUUUUAAUGACUCCAACCUAAGUGUAUGUAAACUUCCGACUUCUACUGUAGGCUGUUUUCAAAAUGAGAAGUUGCUUUUUAGGUUCAGUUGCUGUUUAAAAACAUGGUUUUAGUGCCACAAUAAGGUGGGACCAAUGCUUAUCAUGGACAACUUUGGAAUGCUAUGUUGUUCUCCCAUACAGCAUCAGAUGGACCCUACUGGAAACUUCUACAACUACAGAACAGCGCUGAGGGGAGCUGCCCACAGGUCCCAGACUGCUAAUAGCAACAGGGAGAAGGUAGCCUACCGUUCAACCCACCAUUCUCUAUUUCAUCUAACUCCGACCUAAACUACUGGACUCACCUGACCCAUUUUCGUGCAUCAAAACCCAGUGCAUAAAACUUGAAAUUAAUAUUUUUCUAUAACUCACUUUCUAUCUCUCUUUUUUUUAGAUUGUGAUUCCCUUCUUCAGCCUACUGAUCAAAGAUAUCUACUUCCUGAAUGAGGGAUGUGCCAACCGCUUGCCCAAUGGCCAUGUCCAUUUUGCGGUAAGGCUGCAAACAUUAUACUGAUACUUAAAAAUGUAGGAUUUUAUUUUAUUCUCUCUCUUUCUCUUUGUAAUGGGGCGUAUCCUUUGUUAAUUUUGUUUUCAGAAAUUUGUGGAGUUGGCUCGUCAGGUGGGAGAGUUUAUGACGUGGAAACAAAUGGAGUGUCCGUUUGAGACAGACAGGAGCAUCCUACACUACCUCCACACUGCUCCCAUCUUCAGUGAGGACGGUAAGACACACAGUCACACCUAACAUGAGCCGAUGAUAUAUAUAUAUAUAUUUCUGCAGCACUAGCAAUCGUUGCUGCAACAUUUCUCCAUUGAAAAUGAUCUACUUUUCAUAAUCUGGGGAAUUUUGAUCGGUAGCACCACCUAGUGAGCAAUCUUUAGUAAUCCUCCAAUCAGAGCACAGAUAUUGGUAAUGUGAUCAGUCUGCCAUUCAAAACAUUUAGGAAAACAUGGGGCCGUUUUUUAGCUGCAGUGAGAGAAAAUCAUCUCCCGUUUUGAAAUUAAAUGUUUGCCAUUCACGUCUCAAAUGUUUCUUCACUACAGUGUUUGAUCACGAUACAUUAAUACAUGCGUACUGUGUUCAGUUUCAUGUUUAUCUGACUAAAAUAUCCACACUUGGGCGCAUGCUAAUCGAUUAGCAUGCUAAUCGUAGCCCAUGUAUAGUCAACGGGACAAACUGUCUAAAUUAGCUAGAUAGUUAGCCACAUACAUUGUUCGCUAGCUAUAGCCAUUUACAUUUCGUUUAUCAUUUUAGAUAGUUUUUUGUAUGUUUAACUAGUUAUAGUCAAACAUCACAGUGAAUAUACGGCUGAAACUGAUACAAAGUAUCAGACUUGAAUAUGUAACUCAUGCUUUCUUUCUUUUUCUCUGUCAUCCCUAGGACUCUAUCUGGCAUCCUAUGAGAGUGAGAGCCCAGAGAACCAGGUGGAGAAGGACAGAUGGAAAGCACUUAGGUAAGACAGAUAUCUAUAUUUCUAUACUGUAUAUACACUGCUCAAAAAAAUAAAGGGAACACUUAAAUAACACAUCCUAGAUCUGAAUGAAUGAAAUAAUCUUAUUAAAUACUUUUUUUCUUUACAUAGUUGAAUGUGCUGACAACAAAAUCACACAAAAAUUAUCAAUGGAAAUCAAAUGUAUCAACCCAUGGAGGUCUGGAUUUGGAGUCACCCUCAAAAUUAAAGUGGAAAACCACACUACAGGCUGAUCCAACUUUGAUGUAAUGUCCUUAAAACAAGUCAAAAUGAGGCUCAGUAGUGUGUGUGGCCUCCACGUGCCUGUAUGACCUCCCUACAACGCCUGGGCAUGCUCCUGAUGAGGUGGCGGAUGGUCUCCUGAGGGAUCUCCUCCCAGACCUGGACUAAAGCAUCCACCAACUCCUGGACAGUCUGUGGUGCAACGUGGCGUUGGUGGAUGGAGCGAGACAUGAUGUCCCAGAUGUGCUCAAUUGGAUUCAGGUCUGGGGAACGGGCGGGCCAGUCCAUAGCAUCAAUGCCUUCCUCUUGCAGGAACUGCUGACACACUCCAGCCACAUGAGGUCUAGCAUUGUCUUGCAUUAGGAGGAACCCAGGGCCAACCGCACCAGCAUAUGGUCUCACAAGGGGUCUGAGGAUCUCAUCUCGGUACCUAAUGGCAGUCAGGCUACCUCUGGCGAGCACAUGGAGGGCUGUGCGGCCCCCCAAAGAAAUGCCACCCCACACCAUGACUGACCCACCGUCAAACCGGUCAUGCUGGAGGAUGUUGCAGGCAGCAGAACGUUCUCCACGGCGUCUCCAGACUCUGUCACGUCUGUCACGUGCUCAGUGUGAACCUGCUUUCAUCUGUGAAGAGCACAGGGCGCCAGUGGCGAAUUUGCCAAUCUUGGUGUUCUCUGGCAAAUGCCAAACGUCCUGCACGGUGUUGGGCUGUAAGCACAACCCCCACCUGUGGACGUCGGGCCCUCAUACCACCCUCAUGGAGUCUGUUUCUGACCGUUUGAGCAGACAUAUGCACAUUUGUGGCCUGCUGGAGGUCAUUUUGCAGGGCUCUGGCAGUGCUCCUCCUGCUCCUCCUUGCACAAAGGCAGAGGUAGCAGUCCUGCUGCUGGGUUGUUGCCCUCCUACGGCCUCCUCCACGUCUCCUGAUGUACUGGCCUGUCUCCUGGUAGCGCCUCCAUACUCUGGACACUACGCUGACAGACACAGCAAACCUUCUAGCCACAGCUCGCAUUGAUGUGCCAUCCUGGAUGAGCUGCACUACCUGAGCCACUUGUGUGGGUUGUAGACUCCGUCUCAUGCUACCACUAGAGUGAAAGCACCGCCAGCAUUCAAAAGUGACCAAAACAUCAGCCAGGAAGCAUAGGAACUGAGAAGUGGUCUGUGGUCACCACCUGCAAAACCAGUCCUUUAUUGGGGGUGUCUUGCUAAUUGCCUAUAAUUUCCACCUGUUGUCUAUUCCAUUUGCACAACAGCAUGUGAAAUGUAUUGUCAAUCAGUGUUGCUUCCUAAGUGGACAGUUUGAUUUCACAGAAGUGUGAUUGACUUGGAGUUACAUUGUGUUGUUUAAGUGUUCCCUUUAUUUUUUUGAGCAGUGUAUAUAUAUAUAUACACACAUCACAGUCCCACUAGGAGCAAACCAGAUGGGAUGGCGUAUCGCUGCAGAAUGCUGUGGUAGCCAUGCUGGUUAAGUGUGCCUUGAAUUCUAAAUACAUCACAGACAGUGUCACCAGCAAAGCACCCCCACACCAUAACACCUCCCCGUCCAUGCUUUACGGUGGGAAAUACACAUGCAGAGAUCAUCCGUUCACCCACAUCGCAUCUCACAAAGCCACGGCGGUUGGAACCAAAAAUCUCCAAUUUGGACUCCAGACCAAAGGACACAUUUCCACCGGUCUAAUGUCCAUUGCUCGUGUUUCUUGGCCCAAACAAGUCUCUUCUUAUUGGUGUCCUUUAGUAGUGAUUUCUUUGCAGCAAUUAGACCAUGAAGGCCUGAUUCACACAAUCUCCUCUGAACAGUUGAUGUUGAGAUGUGUCUGUUACUUUAACUCUGUGAGGUGCAGUUAACUGUAAUGAACCUAUCCUCUGCAGCAGAGGUAACUCUGGGUCUUCCUUUCCUGUGGCGGUCCUCAUGAGAGCCAGUUUCAUCAUAGCACUUGAUGGUUUUUGCAAUUGCACUUGAAGAAACAUUCAAAGUUCUUGAAAUUUUCCGGAUUGACUGACCUUCAUGUCUUAAAGUAAUGGACUGUCGAUCCUCUUUGCUUAUUUGAGCUGUUCUUGUCUUAAUAUGGACUUGGUCUUUUACCAAAUAGGGCUAUCUUCUGUAUACCCCCCCUACCUUGUCACAACUGAUUGUCUCCAACGCAUUAAGAAGGAAAGAAAUUCGACAAAUUAACUUUUAAGAAGGCACACCUGUUAAUUGAAAUGCAUUCCAGGUGACUACCUCAUGAAGCUUGUUGAGAGAAUGCCAAGAGUGUGCAAAGCUGUCAUCAAGGCAAAGGGUGGCUACUUUGAAGAAUCUCAAAUAUAAAAUAUAUUUUGAUUUGUUUAACACUUUUUUGGUUACUACAUGAUUCCAUAUGUGUUAUUUCAUAGUUUUGAUGUCUUCACUAUUAUUCUACAAUGUAGAAAAUAGUAAAAAUAAAGAAAAACCCUGGAAUGAGUAGGUGUGUCCAAGCUUUUGACUGGUACUGUAUAUAUAGCCAGAUCCUACAUUUGUUUUUGUUUUCAAAACAACUUUGAGAUUCUUGAUUGUAGUGAGAAGUGCUAAAUAAAAUGUAUUAUUAUUAUCAUUAUUGUUAUCAUUAUUGGAUAGCCUAAUGAGUGACAUAGUCAGGUCAAUCAAAUAUAAAGUGAGAAACUGCAGUUGUGAAAUUGUAUUUCGUCUUACCUUAUGUAAACCACCUGUGUGUUUCCUCCUAUCUUUCUCCAGAUCUAAUAUUCUGGGGAAGACAAAAGAGCUAAAAGAGCUAAAAGAGCACCAUGGCAGCUAACCCUCAGGCCAGCCCAGCGAGGGAGGGAGUCGGUGUACUCAUUGCACUACAACAAACUGUGACGGAGCCUAGCUGGUACUUAGGUGUUUUUCUACACAUGAAGAAUAGAAAUGAGGAAACAAUCAUGAUGAACAGGAUUCAUCACCAACAUGACCAGUAAAAACAAGAAAAGAAGAACAAACGUCAACAAGCAGUGAAAAGUGAAGCUAUCAUGGACACUGACUGGAGUAUUGGUUUGACUAUUGUACAUUAGCUACAUUGGGUACUGUAUGUUACUGAGGGAUAGAUCUAUCCCUCCAUCUUGUUGUAUAUGUACUCUUUGGGCUCAUGUUUGCUACCAGAGUGUUCAGUUACAGUGACAGGGAAAACUACUGCUUUUUUAAAUGAAAAUAAUACUAAUAUUAUUGUUAUAUUAUCCUAUUUCUCUAUCCCUUUCUUUCUCUCCCCCUCUUCCUCUCACACACACACACUAUUUUUCUUGUGUACGUUUUCUAUUGUACUGUAAGAAUCUGGUAAAAGUAAGAGUUACUAUGAUGUGAAGGGCACUGACUUGCCCACUUAGCUGCUGGACUGUGUUUGGUCCUCUAAAGACUACUAAUGAUGACUACUACUGAGGACUUGCAACGACUGGAGAGGCUUACAUAGACUGCAUAAUGUGUGUCUUCAGGGCCAACUCCAGGCAUAAGCGCAUAAGCAGUUGCUUAGGACCUGCGGUUGCUAGGGGGCCCCCGGGCCAAAACAUUUGUAUUCAUUUUUUUGGAACUACGUCGGGAUCUCAACUUACUAUUGAGAGUCAAACUAGAAUAACACACCAGGUGCAAUUUAGAAAUGUGGUUG